GGCAGUGACGGCCGGCCAGCCAGCCGUGGGCGCAGCGCACUCACCGCGUAUCACGCCCGAUAACGCCCCGCCCCGCGCCGAGGAGCACCCCCGAGAGACCGGCGAGGCACGCGGCAAGGCGCGUGUCGGUGUCCCCGGAAGGCGUCCCGCGGGUGGUGUCGGUGUCCGCCGAGCGGUGUCGGUGAUACGGCGUGCGGCGGUGACGAGGUGCGGUGUCGGUGGCGGACGGAGCGACGCGGACGGAGCCGCGGUGACGACGGAGCGGCUGGAAGCGAGGCAGCGACUGCGGCUGGUCGACACUCAGGUCUCGCCACCAGCCGCCUGAGUCGAACGCCACGGUCCGAGUCAAGCAGAUUGGCCUCAUCGCGGCCUAGCGCGCGCCGCUCCUGCAAUCAGCUCCGAUGGCCGACUACGAGUUUCUGGAGCCGCGCGGCCUUGACCUCGCGAGUGGGCGGCCGCCGCUGGCGCCGACCAAGCCCCCGCGGCUGCACAGCGUCGGUGACCUGGUGGAUCCCCCGCGCAUCGCCAUCACCGCCCCCUUCGACACCCAGAGGGAAGGACGGGAUCUGCGCGAGACCCCGCGCCAGCCCGACACCGUCGACCGGCUCAAGCUGGCCGGCUCGUUCGACUCGCUCGACUCGGAGACCAUGGUCUCCGUGGGGGAGAUGGCCGACUUAGACGCGCUGCUGGCGGAUCUUCAGAGCACUAUCGGCCCGACGGAGGCCGCAGGCGGCGGCAGCCGCCACUCCUCGCCGUCCCGCGCCAGGGAGGUCCCGUCACCACUGCCCGCUAACGCCUACACGGAGGUGGUGAGGGAGACGAAGCGUACCUACAAGCGGGAGGUGACGCCGCCUCAGGAGGUGUCAGCCGGCACCGGUGCCAGCACAUUGGACGCCCUGCUGUACGACCUGGACCAGGCGCGACACGGCGACUUCAACAGCUUCACCUCACGAAAAGAUUCGCCGCCGCCUACAAAUGCAAACAUCGUGUCCGUCAAGUCGCCUCGGGCGGCUCCCGCGGAUGAACUUGAUAUGGUGCCCACCCCGAACGCCAAAACGUUCGAGACACGGACGGUGACGGUGACGGAGAGCGUGCCGGAGGGCUGCCAGACCACCUCCUCGGCCACGCAGGAGCUGGACGACCUCAUGGCGUCGCUCUCCGACUUCAAGGUCCACGCCACUUCGUACCAGAAGACGGUGGUGGAGGAGACGCACGACCCGCCGUACGCCAAGCCGGCCAAGGCCAAGCAGCUGGACAACAUGCUGGGAAGCCUGCAGGAGGACAUGAGCAAGCAGGGCGUCAAUACCACCCACAAGGGCACCUGCGCCGCCUGCGACAAGCCCAUUGCCGGCCAGGUCAUCACGGCGCUGGGCAAGACUUGGCACACCGAGCACUUCACAUGUGCCCACUGCAACAUGGAGCUGGGUAACAGGAACUUCUUCGAGCGGGACGGUCUGCCCUACUGCGAGAACGACUACCACAAUCUCUUCUCACCCCGUUGUGACUACUGCCAGGGACCCAUCAUUGACAAAUGUGUGACGGCGCUGGGCCGUACCUGGCACCCGGAGCACUUCUUCUGCGACCAGUGCGGCCAGCCGUUCGGCGAGGCCGGCUUCCACGAGCGCGACGGCAAGGCCUACUGCCGCGCCGACUACUUCAACAUGUUCGCGCCCCGCUGCGGCGCCUGCACCCAGCCCGUCAUGGAGAACUACAUCUCGGCGCUCAACAGCCAGUGGCACCCCGAGUGCUUCGUGUGCAAGGACUGCCAGCAGUCGUUCGAGAACGGCUCGUUCUUCGAGUACGAGGGCCACCCGUACUGCGAGACUCACUACCACGCCAAGCGCGGCUCCCUCUGCGCCGGCUGUCACAAGCCCAUCACAGGUCGCUGCGUUACCGCCAUGUUCCGCAAGUUCCACCCGGAACACUUCGUCUGCUCGUUCUGCCUGAAGCAGCUGAACAAGGGCACGUUCAAGGAGCAGGCCGACAAGCCCUACUGCCACCAGUGCUUCGACAAACUGUUCGGCUGACGCUGACGACCGCAGCUGCACACCUGAAGCGGGUCGAAGGCGGGUGGAGGCCCCGCCAGUCAGAGGGGAACGUGAACGGGGAGCCUUUGGAGGCCUAUUAUUGGUUAGAGUUGGAAUGGCUUUGGAGGCUCUGCGAAGGGUCAGAGGCCGGUCUGAAGGCCGGUUUCGUUCGGUUUGUGAGCUAACAGAGGUGGAGGACGGUUGUCGCGUGGUGAGAGAGACUUGCCGAUGUACUGGCGCUUGCCAUCUGUAAGCGAGUUAUUCUUGGAGUCGACCGCGACGCGUUCGAGGUGCUCACUCGGCGCUCGGUCCCGGCCGCCCGUUCAGGUGGGACCGGGACCGGGACAUGGCUCCGAGGCCGGUAUCGGUAUCGGUACUGGGACCGGGAUCGGGACCGGGACCGGGACCAGGACUGGGACCGGGACCGGGACCGAGACCGAGACCGAGACCGAGACCGAGACCGAGACCGAGACCGAGACCGAGACCGAGACGUAGGGGCGAGACUCAUCAUAAUGCGAUAGGACGUGCUUAAGCUGAACAUAUGGUGCUGGAAUGGAUGAUGUAGAUAGUCCUGCCAGAGCGUGCGUGGUUUGUGUGAAGUCACUGGGUGCGACUCCUGAAAAGGGGGGAGUGUGACCAGUGUGAGGGAGGAGCGUGUAAAGAUUGCUCAUCACCGUUGAGCAACACUUGUUGGUAACUUAUCUUGUUAGAUCGCUUGUCUUUGAGUGGCGAGUCGACUUAACGCUUGAGCCGAUUCGUUGUCAGUGUUGCGGCAAUGGAUUUCAUUCGGGCUCGCCAUUCACAACCAGCGUGCAUUAGGUCACAAGUACAUAAGCUCGAUAGCAUGAGCGGGCUUGCACUGUGCCGCAUUUGACACCUGUAUAGCAUGAUCGGUAGCGAUGCGGCCUCGUGUUCGUUACCGCCCUUGUAUCCGUGGCCAUCAGUCAAUGCUCCACCACGUCAACGGUCCUGACAUGCCUGACAGCCAGUUGAGAUUAAGCGUAAAAGCUCGCCUUGCCGCUUGCAUAGCUGACUGCGGUCAGACUCCGCGGUACCUGUAGGGCCGUUCAGACCACGUUUGCACUGUAUAGAACGGACGGUACCCGCUUUAGCUGUGCUUUACCUUACGUAUGCAAUUCAUGUCCGCUCGCAAGACUACCCUGUAGAACCUAGAGGCUGACGCAUGAGUGAUUGUGAGCUGACCUGGGACCGUGUCGGUGCUCUUAUCCCACCACAAGUCGUACAACGGUGAAGGACAGUGUUGAUGCCAAUAUUCGCGUUCACUAGGUAACCUCUGCUCGGUUGCGACCGCCGACACACUUGUAGGCUCUCCGCUUGUGCCGGCCAUCGCGCACCGACCACGCCGCGCGCGUCGUUCGAGCGACACAUACCCCCUCUCCCCCCCCCCCCCUCCCUGUGAGGCGUCUCUCCGCUCCAUCUGCAGAACUACUAGGGGGUUUGUGCAAACGUGCCAUGGGCGACGGAUGGAAGAGAUGCGGUUUGUUGCAACACAUUGUAAAAAUGGGAGCUGGCGACCGCGGGCGGCAGGCUGGAUACCGGUGCUGCCACCUGGACUCCACGCCGGCUAGCAGCGCCACCUGCCCGUAUGGCACGUCCGCAGGGGGCGGUGUCACACUCACAAUACAUAAUCGGCCUGUA